AUGGAGACCGUCACCGCUGACGUCACCCAGCUCGCCCAGCAGCUUCCCGAGCUCGGCCUGCGCGACUGGGCGGCCGCGGCGACGGAGCAGGCGGUGCGCGGCCACGUGACGGCGGCGUUUGGCGCCCUGGAGGAGCGCGCGGGGCUGGCGGUGAAGGCGCUGCUGGCGCAGCUAGGGGACGGCCCGGACAAGCCCGGAGCCGAUGCGGCGGCACCCCUGGCGGACGCGUUUGCGUGCACCUCAGAGGCCAUCCAGCGGUGCACCAUGGCCAUGCUGCAGGGCCUGCGCGCGUACCAGCAGCGCCACGCGGCCCUGGUGGGCCCCGUCCUGCCGCAGCUGGGCGACAUCACGGCAGGACAGAUGCAGGCGCUGCUGACGGGGCUGGUCGGCGGCUUCAUGGCCCUGGGCCGCGUCAAGGAUGACGCGGUGUCUCUGCUGCGAGAGGGCGCGGCGGCCGCGCCCCCCUCAGGCCAAGAGCCCGGCGGCGCCGCGGCGCGCACGCGCGCAUGGAGCGGCGCUGGUGCCAGCAGCGGCGAGCCCAAGACAGGCCUGCUGCUGCUCCUGGCCAAGCUGUGCCUGUUCAUGGAGUCCGCCACGGUGCCCGCCGUGAUGGAGGAGCUCGCGAUGAACUUCCCGCCCCAGUCCGGGGACCCGGACCAGCCGCCGCCCUUCCUGGCCGGCGAGGUCGCGCGCCGCAUGGGCACCGCCGCGCAGCUGCUGCUGGCGGCGUACGUGGAGGCGCACGGGCGCGCGCUGGCGCUGGCGGUCGGGCGCAGCAGCGGCGCCACCAACUGGCUGGACGCGUCAGAGCCCAGGGCGCCGCGCCCGGUGUGUGACCUGCUGCUGGAGCGGCUGGGCCGCGCGGAGGCCGAGGUUGAGCGGCUGGUGGAGGCCAGCGGCGGCCGCGUGCAAGGCCCCGCUGACGCCUUGCGGAAGGACGGCGCCGGCCACCACCGUGGCGGCGGCAGCAGCGUGUCGGACCGCGACCCGGGGUACGCCCUGGGCAGCGUGGCGGUCGAGAGGGGCGUGGCGCGGCUGUUCAGGGCGCGUACCAAGAUCACGGGGACCGUGAAGUUCACGCAGGCCGCCCUCCUGGGGGCGAUCGCCGCCUCCGGCCUCAAGUCCCUGGCCGAGAGCGUGCGCCUUCAGACCCUAGGCCGCGCUGGCCUGCAGCAGCUGCAGCUCGACGCCGCCUACCUCCGCCCCCGCCUGCUGCGCCUUGCGGGCGGCGGCGGCGGCGGCGGCGCGGAGGGCGUGGCCCAGCUGGUUGACGAGGUGGUGGCUGCGGGGGCGGAGCGCGCGGUGGAGGCGGGGCAGCUGCUGGACCAGGCGGCGCUGGACAGGAUACUGGCCGCAGCGGGAGAGGGCGGCGCGGCGUGA